AAACACGCACGGCACGACGCCGCCGCCCAUCCCGCCCGCCUGCAACGACGACCUCACGGCACCCGCACCUGCCAAGGGCCCAGCCGGCGGCAACACAGCGGCGAGCCUCCGCUUCCGCUCCACACCUCCAACUUCCGCCUGGUCACGCGGCAGAUUCCGCGCGACCGCCGCCGCCACCCGCCGGGACCUCCUCGUCCUCGUCCUCUUGCUAGUCGCGGCGUCCGCCGUCCUCCAGUCCGCGACGACCUCCCGGGCCUGCGGGGGCUUGCAUGAUACAAGUUUUUUCGGGGAUAACAGCAAGAAACCUUCGUGGAGCCAUACAUGCUUCUAAUCUGUACAGUGUAAGCAUUCAGCACAAAGAAUUCUUUUGCUGGAAGCCAACGUAUCAACAUAUUAGCACCAACAACUCAAUGAGGCCAAAUGAUGUGAUUGAGGCUCAGGACAUGGUGCCUGCUGAAGGAAACCGCAGUUGCUCCUCAAGUGUUCAAUCCACUCCAGAAAUUGAGAAGAAGUAUGUGCAUCGUGUCUAUGAUGCCAUAGCUCCUCAUUUCAGUGCAACAAGAUUUGCUAAAUGGCCCAAGGUUGCAGAAUUCUUGAAUUCCCUGAGGCCAGGGUCAGUUGUACUGGAUGCUGGCUGUGGUAAUGGCAAGUAUUUGGGCUUUAACCCUGAUUGUUUCUUCAUAGGAUGCGAUAUAAGCCCACCUCUUAUUGAGAUAUGUGCUGGGAGAGGGCAUGAGGUGUUGGUCGCUGAUGCUGUCAACCUCCCGUACAGGGAUAAUUUUGGUGAUGCAGCAAUUUCAAUUGCUGUGCUGCAUCAUUUAAGUACUGAUGAAAGGCGGAGGAAGGCCAUAGAAGAGCUGAUCCGUGUUGUUCGGAGAGGUGGUCUGGUGCUCAUAACAGUCUGGGCUAGGGAGCAGGAAGACAAGUCAUUGCUCAACAAGUGGACUCCCCUUUGUGAGAAGUAUAAUGAAGAGUGGGUUGAUCAGAGCAGUCCUCCAGUACGCAGUCAAUCUGCAACUCUUCUGGAAAGCAUUGCAGAAACUGAUGAAGAUGCUGGUGUAAUGAAGCAAGCAGAUGAUCGAUUGAAAAAAUGUCACGAUUCCAUGGAGGAUAAAACCAUUGCAGCCUGUAGUAAUACAGAUACUGAUGAGAAGGAGACAAACCAGCAGGAGUACUUCGUUCCGUGGCACCUACCAUUUCACCGAGCUGAAAUUGGUGGUGCAUCUGCUGCUGCUCUUGAGAAUGGAUUUGCAAAGAAAGAUGAGAAGAAGGGCACAGUGGUCUACAAUCGCUAUUAUCAUGUCUUUGUUGAAGGAGAACUUCAAAGAUUAGCCUCUGGCAUAAAGAACACUGCUAUUGUUGACCAGUUCUAUGACAAAUCCAACUGGUGCAUUGUUCUCGAGAAGCUUUGAGCUGCAGUCAAAAGGGAUGGCAGAAGUAGUCAUCUGAAGCUGGUAUUUGUAAGGAGCGUCAGUGGUAGGCGAGCUAACUGUUUUGAGCUCAAAAUGUAUGAGGCUGACGCAACCAACCUUUUGUUCGAUACUUGCCGAUUCUGCAUCGGAAUUGUUAAGACUUAUCUUACGUCAGAUUGCUCAAUAUUUUGAGGGCCAUCUGGACUUGUAAAUUUUUUUUGCUGUAUCACGUUGAUGUCAUAAUUCAUAAUUUAGCAUGGUUGCUUGUACA